CCAACAGUCGACCAACUGCAGCCGGCCGAACCAGAUCAAAUCAUCACGGAGAUAGCGACGCCGUCGAAGCCACCGGACGUGUUUUGGUUUUAUUGCUUUGGAAGGAAGCGGGCGUUUGUAUAGAAGGCGCGCGCGAUUUAAAAUUCGGUUCCUACCGGUUGGCGUGUGCCGAAGUCGAUAUAAGAUUUUCGUCAGUAACUAGUCUUCCACUAAGGUAGUGUGGUGUCGCCGGUGCGGCAAAGUGUGAUAGUGCUCGUAUCUGGAUGCCUUCUUUGAGGUACAUCUAGCGUCUGGUGCGUUGUUGACACUGACUGCCUGCAGUUGUGGGUUAGUAGUUCUGCGAGCUAAUACACAAAUCCUCGAUCGCGUAGUCGGUCCGUCCGCCAGGAGCUACACGUGAUUUUUGGCACUGCAUCGCAACCGAUCUGCCAGUUGGUCGUGGGUCGUGGACGAGUUCGGUUCGGUUCUCUCUCUCGCAUAAAUUGGGGACUUUGGAUCUUUGCGUUGAGUUGAGUAGCGGCUUGAUUCCGGAGUUCUCGGAGGCGAUUCUUAAGAGACGCCAAAGGAGUUGUCGCUGGAAUAAUUACGAGCAAACUUUGCGAGACUAGAACUCGUUACAAAAAGUUGUCUACAUUUUUGUUGUGCCGCCCAAGGCGAAUGUCAAUGCAGCUUUUACGGUAGUUACAGUGUGUGGUGUUACGAAUCAGCUGUGCAAACCAUAUUAGGGUAAACAAUUAAAACUAGAUUGUGUGCAAAAGUUCAGAGCUGUGGCGGGUUAUUCUUUAGCUCUGUGUGCUACAACGGUGCGAGAGGUGGCGUUUAAGCUAGACGACAGCAACGACGAAGGUGCGCAUUAGUUAGCGUUCGAGUGGCAACAAUUUGGAAUUCCGGUUGGUUUCAGCACCGGUGAACCUCUCGUGAUUGCGAAUCGAACGCUAAACACGUUCAAAGUAUUACUGCGUGGAAUAUAAGUACAACCGCUGUUGUCCAAAAACGCAUUUCAAGAUAAAAAUAUCUCAAAAUGACCGUAGACAAAGGUCAUAGCAAUACGGCGUUCGUAGGAGAUGAGCAGGUGCCAAGCAAAAAAUCUACUGCAGCUAAAACGAUCAGUGCCAACAGUUAUGUGCUCGAAAUUCAGGACAAAAAGCAUGGUAUAGAGGUAGACUACAACCCGUACGAACACCGGCACGUGGAGCACCCAACCACAAGCAAUGAAACGUUGAUCCAUCUGCUGAAAGGCUCUCUCGGUACGGGCAUUCUGGCUAUGCCCAACGCUUUCCAUCACGCCGGUUGGUUGGUGGGUUCCAUCGGUACCCUGCUGAUCGGUAUACUGUGCACCUACUGUAUCCACCUGCUGAUCAAGGCUGAGUACGAGCUGUGCCGGCGGAAACGAGUUCCUAGUCUGAACUAUCCAGCUGUGACCCAAACCGCCCUCAUGGAAGGGCCCGAUGCGCUCAAACCCCUCGCCAAUGUGAUAAUACACAUAAUCAACGUCUUUCUGCUCAUCUACCAGUUGGGAACAUGCUGUGUUUAUGUCGUUUUCGUUGCAUCCAACAUUAAGGCAAUCGCCGACUAUUACACCGAGACUCCCACCGACGUGCGGUUGUUUAUGCUGAUCAUCUUGCUGCCAUUGAUCUUGAUCAACUGGGUUAGAAAUUUGAAAUUUUUGGCACCCUUCUCGACGCUGGCUAAUUUUAUCACACUGGUAUCGUUCGGAAUCAUCCUGUACUACAUUUUUCGCGAGCCGAUCACGUUUGAGGGCAAAGCGGCUGUCGGAAACGUUACCGAGUUUCCGCUGUUCUUCGGUACGGUGCUGUUCGCCCUGGAGGCCAUCGGUGUGAUUCUACCGCUCGAAAAUGAGAUGAAGAAGCCUAACAAAUUCGGAGGAAACUUUGGGGUACUCAACAAAGCGAUGAUUCUGAUUGUAACGCUUUACAUCGGAAUGGGAUUCUUUGGUUAUUUGAACUAUGGAGCAGAUGCCAAGGGCUCAAUCACACUGAAUCUACCGGAGAAGGAGAUUUUGGCCCAGAGCGUCAAGGGAAUGCUGGCUUUUGCCAUCUACAUCACUCACGGAUUGGCAUGCUACGUGGCAAUUGACAUCACCUGGAACGAUUACGUCAAGAAACGGUUUGGAGACUCGCCACGAAGUGUUUUCUAUGAAUACAUCGUCCGGACCGUAUUGGUCUUGAUCACAUUCCUGCUGGCCGUAGCCAUUCCCAAUCUGGAGCUGUUCAUCUCGCUGUUUGGUGCACUAUGUCUGUCGGCGCUGGGAAUUGCUUUCCCUGCUCUGAUCCAAACCUGCACCUACUGGCACGAUAGACACGGAUGGGACAAAACUUGGAUGAUCAUCAAGAACGUCAUCAUCGGCGUUAUUGCCAUUGUGGGCCUGGUGGUUGGAACUACCACCAGCUUGAAGGAAAUUGUGCAAACAUUCUUCGAGCAUGAGUAGGAUAAGUUCAGUUGAAAGCUGUCCUCAAAGUCCAGUGAUGACAUCUAAUUAGAAGAAAGAAUGCGCAGUGAAAAGUUCACGUUAAACGUGAACCAAUGAGUAUUAUCACGUCCUAUGUCGUUGCAGGUUCGACUACAACCAGCCAACGAAGAGGGACUUGUUUAUUUGCUCGGUUUGAGGCAGGAUAAACCUUUUUCUCGAACUUUUAAGAGCUUCAAUGCAUUCCUAAAACAGUUUUGAACUGUUUGUAGAUAGAACUUGAACUAGUAGUAUUGUUCAGUAUCUGUAGUUUGUAGAACAUUUCGAUGAGCAACCCACGGACACCCUAAUGUAUUAUUUAGUGAGUUAAUUGUCAUACUUUUAAUAUGUAUAUUUGAAGUCUAUUAUUACAAUAAACCAAUGUGCCAAUUCAAUGAACAAUAUAUUUGUUUAUACAUUAUGAGCGACACUAAGGAACCAAAUUUGCAAAAGGUUUCGAGAGAAACUUUCGAAAGUAGAUAUUUACGAAUAUUUUUAUGUAAAAAUUAUUAUAGAGUGAACUUUGGAUAAUCGAAUAUACAUAAACAGUAACAAUUAUUGA